ACCUGCAAUCGAACAUAUAAUUAUCCACUACGGAAGAUAUAGAAAUCAAGGAAGAAUACUAGGAGAUAACAUAAACAUGAAAGAAAUGCUAAUUAUUCCUAACAAUACAAAAAAGACAAUAGAAUUCGUCAAACAAACAAAUCUAACAAACGAAAUCUAAAAUAUCAAAGUUAUUGCUAAAAACCACGAAUUGUUAGUGCUACAUUAAAACCUGCACCAGCCUGCACUUAAAAAAAUAUUACAUUACAACACAUUAGAUACAAUUAGAUUAGAUUAGAAUUGAUCAUAUACUGCUUAAUACAUAAUAUAUAGAAUAUUUAACGUAGUAUAGACGCGUUAUAUUUUUAAGACAAUUAGAGAUAAGAAAAAGGAAUAUGCAGCAACUGCAAUGAGUGAAUUAUUAGGAUGGUAUGGCUAUGAUAAAGUGGAUAGUGGCUAUACAAAAAGUUUAAACCUGGAUCAUUUUACAUCUAUAUCUGAUGCAAAAAGUCAAGCUCUUCAAACUGAUCAAGAUAUUGUUUCAAACAAACUAAGAUUAAAAUCGCCAGUAGUGAAUACAUCUGAUUCAAUUUUUGAAGUUUCCAAUGUACCACUGUCUUAUUCUAAUAACAACUUAAUGUCUGUGAAUAGACAAUUAAUUUCAUCCCCCUUAUCAUUAAAACCAGUAUCUUUUGGUACUACAUCUAAAUUUCCAUAUGAAAGUUAUUCAAGUUCUGUUUACUCAGAUAAUAUAUCUUGUUCUUGGUGUGGUAAAAUUGUUCAAAUAUUUGAAUUAGAAAGAUCCAGUUCCUUUUCUUAUAAUAUGAUGGAUGCUUUAGGAUACUUUUGUAGUGAAAAUUGUUUUGCAGCUAGUAGAAGAGCAAUUUUUAAACAAGCAAAAACAUGUGACUGGUGCAGACAUAUACGAAAUCCAAUUAGUUAUGUUGAUCUUCAAGAUGGUAAAAGUCAGCUUCAAUUUUGUAGCAAUAAAUGUUUGAAUCAGUACAAAAUGAAUAUUUUUUGCCAUGAAACACAAACUCAUUUAAUGCUUCAAGGUUUAAAUAAUGUUCCUUUUCAUGAUACAGAGAAGAAUGGUUUAAUAACACCAGAACUAUGGUUUCGAAGUUGUCAAUCACCAUUAAAUAGUCCUGCAGAGAAUACAUAUUUAGUUGAUACACAUUUGACUCAUAGUUUAUCAUCAUCGCUUUGUGAGAACAGAUCAAUAGAAACAGAAGAAAUUGAUAAUGAAAAAUCAGUAGACCCACAUAAAAAAUGGCCCAGUAAAAUCAAUUCAGUGUGCACAAAGAAAUGUACAAAAUCCAAUAAUUGCAAUGAACAUAAAAAGAAUUUUUAUAUAGAAAUUAAUGAACAUGAUAAAGAGCAAUCUUUAGUAAAUGAAAAAAGCAAAUGUUGCCAUUCCAUGAUUAAUCAAACAAAUUGUAAAGAAAAUUACUUAAGAAAAAAUGAUUUGAAUUGUAAGGACUUCAAACAGGAAUAUGCGAUGGAUACCAUGAAUAAUUCACAUAGCCCUAAAGAUAGCAACACAUAUUUAGAAAGGAACAUACAUGUAAAACACAUAAGAAAUUUACAAGAAAAAGGAUAUGACACUCCAACAGAAAAUAUAUUACAAUCAUCAUCUUGGUUUUCAAACUCAACUACACCUACAAUGCAUCAUGAAAUUCCAUCUUUGUCUAAAUCUUGCAUAAAUGAACCUAACCAAAUAAGAUAUCAGAAUCAGACCAAUGUAUUUUCGAGAACUUCAUCAGUUAAACAAUCCAAUCCAACUGAAUUAUUUCAUUCAUUACCGCCUACAACGCUUCUGCCCCCUGUUACAGUUCUUGUACCAUAUCCUCUACCUAUACCUAUACCAAUUCCUAUACCUAUUCCAGUUCCUAUAUCAACAGCAAUUUUUAGUAAAUUAGUGACUGAUAAAGAAGAUUCCAUAAAUAUAAAAGAUUCAAAUUGUAAAAAUGUGGAAUGUAAAAAUUCAAUAGAAAAUAAAUAUUCCGUUUUUGAUAAGCCACAGAUUAAAACAACGAACUUAUCAACAGCAGAAGACUCACAGCAAGUAAAAUUAGAUAAGUUUUCUUUUUCAUCAUCAUCUUUGAAAACUAAUACUGAAAUCAAUGAUACUUCACACCAGUUACGACAUAAUAAGAAACUUUUAAGGAAAAGAAAACGCUCGAAUAAAAUCAUUAAUCAUGAUCAUGAAAAAAUUCAGUUAAAAAAAAGGAAUAACUUUAUAGCAACUUAAAAGACAAUUUAUAAAAAGAUAUUUUUUAAUAAAAUG